GGGACCUUAAGGGGCCUUUUACAACUACGGGAGCUGUUGGGAGUUCAACAGCAAGUGUAGAAGAUGCCGCCCAAAGGGAAAAGCAGUUCUGGAAAAGGGGGGAAAGGGGGUGGAGCCUCUGGGAGUGACAGUGCUGACAAGAAGGCUCAGGGCCCAAAAGGUGGUGGCAAUGCAGUAAAGGUCAGACACAUUCUUUGUGAAAAACACGGCAGAAUCAUGGAGGCCAUGGAAAAGUUAAAGUCUGGAAUGAGAUUCAGUGAAGUGGCCACACAGUAUAGUGAAGAUAAAGCCAGGCAGGGGGGUGACUUGGGUUGGAUGACAAGAGGGUCCAUGGUGGGACCAUUUCAAGAAGCGGCAUUUGCCUUGCCUGUAAGUGGGAUGGAUAAACCUGUGUUUACAGAUCCACCAGUUAAGACAAAAUUUGGAUAUCAUAUUAUUAUGGUUGAAGGGAGAAAAUAAAUGUAUGAAAUACUAAA